AUGGGCUUCUUUUUCUCCAAGCCAACGUACGAUCCUUCUCGUGAUAUUCCUGACCUGACAGGAAGAGUUGCGUUAGUGACUGGAGCAAACUCGGGGGUAGGCUUCCAGACUGCUUUGCAACUGGCGAAACGAGGAGCAAAGGUCUACCUUGGCUGCAGAUCGGAGUCAAGAGCCAAAGAUGCUAUCGCCAGAAUGUGCAAAGCUGCUCCUGGAUUUAAUCUGGAGGACAGACUGGUUUGGUUGCCACUUGACCUGUCGGUCAUGAAACUCGCAAAUCAGGCUGGAGAGGAGCUUUUGUCGAAGGAGACGCGGUUGGACAUUCUAGUUAAUAACGCUGCGUGGCCCAUCAAGGCAUAUGAGCUUUCCGAAGAUGGUAUCGAAAAGGCUGUAGCAGUCAAUCAUCUCGGCCACUUCCUCCUCACAAACACUGUGCUACCUCUCAUGAAAUCAACCGCUCAAUUGCCCGGAGCUGACGUCCGCAUUGUGGCUGUCACUUCUGCCAGUGUGGCGUACUUCUCACCGGGAUCGAGGGACUUCUCUAGUUUGGAAGCCCUUAAUUCUGUUCAAGGCAAACCUGGAAAGGAGAACACCUUUUUCUCCAAGCUCUGGAGGCACUGGACCACGAAGUUCCAGAACGUACUGUGGGCGUCGGAACUCCAGCGUAGGCUUGACGCAGAAGGGGUUCCUAUAACCGUCAUAGUAGUCAAUCCCGGGUCCGUCAAGACAGAGGGAUACGACCACCUCCCUAUGUGGCUCGUCUGUUUGACCUCCCUCUUCGCAGUGACCCCCUUACAAGGCGCAUUCACGUCGCUGUUUGCCGCUACGUCUGCGGAGGUGGCGGCUGCAAAGGAAACGUAUAAGGGCGCAUUUUUGAUGACGUACGGUAAGAUUAGCACAGUGACGAAGGACGCGAGGGAUCCCGUACUUGCGAAGACCCUCUGGGAAACUUCUGAACGUGUUGUGCGAGACACUUUGCAGAGACGAGGAGACUAGGUCUUGAUGGUAAGCCACGUCGCUUCAUUCUAUAAAUUCAAUACCUAUGCCUUGAAGUGUGAGCCGUCUACGUUGCGGCGAAGGGCUCCCUAUUAUGACCAUGGUAGAUGUUCCUGGUAUCUAUCGAGAACUCUGUGUCCCAUUGAUGCCAAGAUCGUUGUUCACUCGCUCUUGACG